AUGAAGACACGCAUAUUUUCAUUGGAGUCCACACGACUAUAUGCUCCUUGUACUUUACUAUUUCUACUACUUUUGACAUUCCUGCUAUGGCCUUUAUUCACACAAGUGAUAAGUUUGGUAGAGGCUAGUGAGCCAGCCUUGGAAAUUGACGAAGAAUUUCUGAGCGUAACCUGCGGGUCAGCAAUAAAAUUGACACAUGAAGCCUCUGCAUAUAAACUUCAUUCACACAGCGUCUCUUAUGGCACUGGUUCUGGCCAGCAAAGUGUCACUGGACUACCUGAUGCUGAUGAUCAUAAUUCUUUAUGGCAAGUCCACUCGGCUCUCGGGAAUCAAUGUUUAAGAGGACAAACGAUCCCAUGCAAUUCAGUCAUUCGUCUCAAACAUGUCGUUACGAGUCGAUUCCUUCAUAGCCAUCAGCAUCAGUCACCUCUUUCACAACAACAAGAAGUUAGCGCAUAUGAGGGUCAAGAUAAUGGCGACAACUGGAAAUUAAUAUGUUCAAACAAAUCCGUGCCAAAUUGGCAGCGCGAAGAAAAAAUCCAAUUAAUCCACAUAGAAACAAAUACAUAUCUUACCGCAAAUAAAGAACAUGCUUACAGUAAUCCGAUACCGGGUCAAAUUGAGGUUUCGGCUGCAAAGUCCGGUGGAAAAUUAACUUUUUGGAUUGCCCAAGAAGGAAUUUAUUUCCCAAUAAGACAAAAUCUGAACAUUUCUAAUGAAGCAGCGGAAGUCGGCGCAACAGUGACAACGACGGCAGAGUUGAAACCUCAAGAGCAACAACCAAAGGUCUUCGUCAAAGACUGGAAACAAGUCAUGUUAGAAGCAUCAAACAGAACAGACUUGCAACUGGAAGAACCAAAAGCCCCCGUCAAAGACUGGAAACAAGUCAUGUUAGAAGCAUCAAACAGAACAGACUUGCAACUGGAAGAACCAAAAGCCCCCGUCAAAGACUGGAAACAAGUCAUGUUAGAAGCAUCAAUCAGAACAGACCUGCAACCUCCGGAAACACCAGAAGUAUUUACAAUGAUAAUGGAAGAACCAAAAGCCCCCGUCAAAGACUGGAAACAACCCAUGCCAGAAGCAACAAGCAAAACAGACAUGAAACUUCCGGAAACACCAAAAGUAUCACCAAUAAAAACAGAAAAACCAAUGGCUCAGAGUAAUUUUAGACAACAACCGAAGUUUAAUAAUAACGAAACAAUUGAAAAACCUCGACUUCAACUUUCACAACUAGCGAAAAAAUGGGAACGACCGACAGUCAGAAUGCAAGACAAAAUUUUUGAGCAAGAAAAAACGAAUAACGAAACAAUUGAAAAACCUCGACCUCAACCCUCACAGCUAGCGAGAGUGUGGGAACGGCCAACGAACAGACUACAAGAUGAGACUCUCGGUGCUGGGAUAGCGUUAAAUGAAAGUAAAACAACCUUUGUAUUGAUAAGUAGACUUCCAUUGACUGCAAUACCGAGUGAUAUUCGAAACUUGGCAAAGAAGGAAUUGGAACCAUCGAUUAAAGAGAUAUGUGUAUGGAGAAAUGAGUUUUAUCGAUGUACCGGGAAAAUUGCCGUAGCUUUUGAUUCGCAAAAUGCAGCCGAAAGGUUCAUCGGAACUAAUCUCAAUAAUACUGUGGCUGGACAGAGAAUUUCGUGUGAUUUUAUCGAUGAAGAUAUAUACACAAGGAACCGUAUUAGAGAAUUAGUUAAACGACCUGGGACUCAUGUUACACUUUCAGGAUUACCAGGAACAAUAUCUAAUAAACGAAUGGACCAUGCUUUAACUGGAUACGCGAUAAUAGAUCGAGAGUAUACGGGAAUAAAACUGUUGCGAAGUAUGGGACGAGAGAUCACUUCAAAAUGGCUUAUAAAAUUAGAGUCAACAAGGGAGGCACAUCGUUUAAUUCGAGAUGUAAAUAAUCAAUAUUUUAUGCCUGGUGAAUUACGCAACGAAUUUUUAGUUCAAGCUGCUAUUGUCUAUUAA